AUGCUCUAUUUUAUUGUUAAAGCUAUUUUAGCUUAUCUUCAAUAUCCGACACAAACAGAUGUCAGAGCUAAUGUUGAAUGGCCACAAUAUUUUCCAGCAUUCAGUAUUUGUAACGUUGCAUCACUUCGUUACGAUCUAUUCAUAGAACCAUUUCUAAAUUAUACAAAUACGUUAAAUUUAACCAAUGAAAAUAGUACAGAUGCAUUAUCUCCACUUCAAAUAAGAAAUUUUAUUCAAUAUACAGUUAAUAGAAAUGAAUCAGUUGCACAGUAUUCAUUUUCACUUAAUUCGAUGCUCUAUCAAUGUUUAUACAAUUCUAUGCCUUGUUCAAGUGCUGAUUUUAUUCCAUUUAUCUCAUCAACAUAUGGCUUAUGCUUUACAUUCAAUGCUAAAAUGAAAAAUAGUAGUGCUAGUGUACGAUAUGCAAAUCAGUAUGGUGGCAUUGGUCAACUUGAUUUAGCUUUCUAUGUACAUAGUCAUCAAUACGUGCCAUAUGUUGUAGAUAGUAUUGGUAUGAUUGGUAUAGUACACGACAAUGCACAAAUACCACUUAUUGAUACAAACGGCAUAGGAUUGGCACCAGGACGAAAACACAAAUUGAAUUAUAAAAAGAAGACAAAUUUCUUUUUACCUUCACCGUAUACUUCAUGUACCAAUAAUAUACCUCUUUCAAUGAAAGUAAUGUUUAAGGAUUAUAAUGGUGCUGAUUAUAGUUACUCGCAACUAUCAUGCUAUGAACUUUGUAUACAAGCUUAUGCGUAUGAACAAUGUGGCUGUACUAAUCCUUAUUUAUGGAAUAUUCGCUACAUUGUUUUACCAGGCACACAAAACAUCAUCUUAGCACCUCUUUGUAAUUACACUGAUUCUUGUUAUCAUCUAGCAGCUGAUGUAUUUACGGCAUCGACAUCAUUUAUCGAACAAUAUUGUUCAGAUUGUACAUCGCAAUGUUCUAUCAUAACCUUUCCUCUUGAAAUAUCUUCAUUUAUAACACCACUCGAGUGGCAAUUCAAUGAAAUUAAGACAUUCGUUGAAAAUUCUUCAGUACCAUUACCAUUAGAUUGGUCCACAACCUGGCGUACACAUAUUCAAAACAAUUAUGUUGCUGUUAGCAUCGUACGUCAAGCAUCUGUCGUCGAUAAUAAUACACAGCAGGCGCAAAUCACUUUGAGUGAUGUUUUGUCGAACGUUGGCGGUCUAACUGGUCUAUGGAUCGGUCUUAGUUUUCUCUCAUUGAUGGAAAUCAUUCAUAUGCUCUAUCAACUUAUACAUUAUCAGUGUCACUUAAUUCUAUCAGCAAUACGAAAACAAUAA